AUGUUGUUUCUUGAAUCACGAGUUGAAGUUUCUGCCUUUAUCAAGUAUCUAAAUUGGUGAUUAUGUGAUGUGGAAUAACCAAAAUCAGUUAUUUAGGUGUAUUUGUGUUCUGUUUGAUGCUGUUAUGAUCAAUCAAAUAAAUAGUAUGCAAUUUUGAGUGUUUGGAUGAUUAUAAUUAGUUUCACUAUAGCCAAACACUUAUCCUCUGCAGUUUGUAAACACAAUAGUAGGAUAAUCACUUAUCCAUGUAUUAACUAAAGAACACUAGUAUUUUUGUGUGGCAAUAGAUCAAUUUAUAUGUUCAAUGUAUGCUCUAUGAUGGAUUUAAAAAAGAAAAAAAUGAUAAAAACAUUUUUUUUUAUGUUGGAACAUUUUGAAGGUUAAUGUUGUUUAGCAAAGUGCAUCAAGUAGUUUUUACCAUCGUUGAAUAGGCUCGUCGGAACACAACUCUUAGAUUCGUUUAAUUCAAGAUAGAACGUUUAAACGGGACCCAUCAUCACAUCUUCGGUUAUUUUUGCAUGAGAAAAAUGCAACCCGCAAACUGAACAUUUGUUCGAUUAUUGAAAUGAAUGGGGAUUUUUUUGUGUUUCUUUCAUAUGAGCCUUGUAAUAGGAUCAUAACAUUGUUCAGGUCUCAAUUUUAAGUUACUCAAAUCAUGACGUGUGUGAUACUGAUUAGAGGUGCCAGUUUCGACCCAUUUACUUAUAAAAAAUGAUCGACAUGUCUAAUCUCUAAUAGGUCAAAUAUGUAAAAUAAAAUAAAAAAAUAGCUUAAAAGGAAAGGAAACGGUCACAUAAAACGAAACUCACCCAAAUUGUAUUAUCAAUGCAUAAAACCUCGUAAACCAUUUCUCUCAGAAGUUGAUUUAUCGUCAAAACUACAUAAUUCUGUAAUCAAGUAAUCAUAUUCGACAGACUAAUAACGUAUGAUAAGUUCAAAAAAUAUUUGACCCGAACCGGUUUGACCAGUCACACAAUCCACCAAUUUCAAACCCAAGGAGUUAACUAUUUCUUUUUCCCUUUCUCAGAAAUCAUGAGGGUUUCUGGUAUGGCAAACCAAGGGUUUACCGAACUCGAUAGGCUGCGACAUAGAAGUCCGAGCCCCAUGGCUUCACCAGAUCUUACUGGCUGGAAUGGUUUUCCACAAGAGAGGUUAAGUGUGCCCCAUGGCAUGACAAUGGACUGGCAAGGAGCUCCGGCUAGCCCUAGUUCCUUCACCGUCAAGAGAAUCUUGCGCUUUGAGAUUCCUGUUGAUUCCUAUCCCAAUUUUAACUUUGUAGGCCGGCUACUUGGACCGAGAGGCAAUUCACUAAAACGUAUAGAAGCUACAACGGGCUGUCGUGUGUACAUUCGAGGAAAAGGGUCAAUCAAGGAUCCUGAUAAGGAAGAAAAGCUACGGGGAAGACCGGGCUAUGAGCAUUUAAACGAGCCACUUCACAUCUUAAUCGAGGCUGAUUUACCUGCAAACAUUGUUGAUAUAAGGCUGAGGCAGGCACAUGAAAUUAUUCAAGAGUUACUCAAACCAGUGGAUGAAUCUGAAGAUUAUAUCAAAAGGCAGCAAUUACGAGAGCUAGCCAUGCUAAACUCAAAUUUCAGAGAAGAGAGUCCCGGGCCGAGUGGCAGUGUGUCACCAUUCAACACAAGUGGCAUGAAACGUGCUAAAACCGGUCGUUAAUCAGUAACCAUCAAAACAUGAAAUUUUCUGCAUGCACACAUGCCAUAUAUAUGUAUGUGAGGGACGUUCAAUACAAAACUAGUUUUAGUAGAGAACUGCAGGAACCGCAUAAACAACUGUACAUGUUAGUUUAACUGUGAUAUAUAAGACGGUUAUGAAACUGCAUAACUGUCUCUCUCUCUUUCUCUCUCCCGCUAUCUCCGGUCAUCACAAUGUAUAAGAGCUUAUUCAGUUCUCGCAGUUCUUUACCUUAAAUCGGUUAUGUAUUGAAUGCACCUUGUUAUAUAUACAUAUAUGUGUAUGUAUAUACACACAUAUAUGAAUAUGUGUACAUGUAUCUAUAUAUACAUAUUUUUAUGUAUAUAUAGGACGUGUUCGAUACAUCAACAAUUAUAAGUAGAGAACUGCGAGAACCUAAUAUACAUUUGUACAUAGUGCAUGGACGAUAAUCAACUUAGUGGAAAAGAGAGGGAGGCGGUUAAAAAUCCGUUAUCACAUUUAAAAUAAUAGGUAUUAGUGUCCGUGAUUCUUGCAGUUCUAUGCUAAAAUUGGUUAUGUAUUAAGUAUCCCUAUAUAUGUAUGUAUGUAUUUUUUAUGUAAAUUGAAAUGAAAUGUAUAGGUUGACUCUUUUGACCAAAGAGUUUGUUUUUUAAAUUUGUAUGUUUUUUAUUUUGUUUGUAAAGAUAAAUAGAAUGAUAGGAAGAUGGAGUAUAAAGUGUAGAGUAAGGAAUGAUUCAUUAUUCUUGUUUGUUGGGUUAUGCAUUUGUAAAAUAAGAUUCAUUUGAUUUAUUCAUGUGAGAUUGUUGCUACAUGAAUACAUAUUAUACCGGUUUGAUAUUA